AUGAAUUACGAGCAGAGGCUCAAAGCCGCAGCGAAAAUCAUACUCGCCGACGACGCACGCGCCGGCGACGAGCGUGUUAGUGCUGAAGAGCUCGGUGUCACGGCUUCACUAAAGCCUCACCAAGUCGAAGGCGUCUCGUGGCUCAUACGCCGAUACAAUCUUGGCGUCAACGUCAUUCUUGGAGACGAGAUGGGACUGGGCAAGACUUUGCAAGCUGUCUCUUUAUUGAGCUAUUUGAAGGUUCACAAGUUGUCACCUGGGCCAUUUUUGGUAUUGUGUCCUCUAAGUGUAACAGAUGGUUGGGUCUCUGAGAUGGAGAAAUUUGCACCAAAACUAAAAGUUCUUCGGUACGUUGGUGAUAAAGAAUAUAGGCGCAUUCUUCGCAGGACAAUCUACGAGCAUGUAAAAGAAGAGUCCUCUUCAUCUGAUGUAUUGUCGUUGCCUUUUGAUGUCCUAUUGACAACAUAUGACAUGGUGUUGGCAGAUCAGGAUUUUCUUUCUCAGAUACCAUGGAGUUAUGCAGUAAUUGAUGAAGCUCAAAGGCUUAAAAACCCUAAUAGUGUUCUGUACAAUGUCCUAAGAGAGCGCUAUCUUAUACCAAGACGGCUACUGAUGACUGGCACACCCAUUCAAAACAAUAUCACUGAACUUUGGGCUUUGAUGCAUUUUUGUAUGCCAUCAGUCUAUGGGAAACUGGAUGAGUUCCUUGCAACAUUUAAGGAAGCUGGAGAUCCUUCAUCAGGCCAUGAUACAGCUAAAGUUAAGGAGCAACUUAAAAACUUAAGAUGCAUAUUGGGAGCUUUCAUGCUCCGGCGUACGAAAUCUAAACUUAUUGAGAGUGGAGAUCUAUUGCUGCCACCGCUUACUGAGAUAACAGUGCUGGCACCAUUGGUCGGAUUGCAAAAGAAGGUGUACAUGUCAAUACUGAGGAAGGAGCUUCCUAAACUACUUGCUGUCUCUUCUGGAGGUCCAAAUCAUCAAUCCUUACAGAAUAUUGUGAUACAGUUACGAAAAGCAUGUAGCCAUCCUUAUCUCUUCCCGGGUAUUGAGCCCGAACCAUAUGAAGAGGGUGAACACCUUGUUCAGGCUAGUGGUAAACUUAUGAUUUUGGACCAACUACUUCAAAAGCUGCAUGGGUAUGGACACCGUGUGCUUCUCUUUGCACAGAUGACGCAUACCCUUGACAUUCUCCAGGAUUUUCUAGAGUUAAGGAAAUAUUCCUAUGAACGCCUUGAUGGAUCAAUUCGGGCUGAGGAGCGCUUUGCUGCCAUAAGAAGUUUCAGCACACAAUCAACCAAAAAAUGUUUGAAGUCUCAACCUGAUCAAAAUGGUGCUUUUGUCUUCAUGAUCUCUACAAGAGCUGGUGGAGUUGGCUUGAAUCUUGUGGCUGCUGAUACUGUUAUAUUCUAUGAGCAAGAUUGGAAUCCCCAGGUUGACAAACAAGCUCUUCAGCGGGCUCACAGGAUUGGUCAAAUGAAUGAUGUACUGUCAAUAAACCUAGUUACAGGACGUACGGUGGAGGAGGUUAUCAUGCGGAGAGCGGAGAGGAAGUUGCGGCUUAGCCAUAAUGUUAUUGGAGAUGAUGUUAUGGACCAGGAAGGUAAAGAAGAAGCAGGAGUUGAACCUAGUGACUUGCGAUCCAUCAUAUUUGGGUUACAUCUCUUCGAUCCUGAUGAAAUCAACAAUGAUGAGUUUGGGAUGUCAGAACUGAAUGCUAUGGCUGAGAAGGUAAUCUCAGUGCGCGAUAAACAGAUAGCAAUUGAGGAUGAGAGGAAAUUUGAGGUCAAUCCAACAGAUGUUUUGCAUGGACAUGAUCUUGUUGCAGGAGAAAGUAACACUUCUCUUAGUUUCAAUUCUGGUUUUGAUGAAGCUUCAUAUCUCUCUUGGGUUGAAAAAUUCAAGGACGUAUCACAAGAAAGUGGAAAUGAAAAUACGGAUUUGAGAAGUAGAAGAAACUUUCUCGAGGAAAAGCGUCUAAAACGUGAGGCUGCAAAGAAGAAGGCAGAGGAGGAGAAGUUAUCUAAGUGGGAAGACCUUGGGUACCAUUCAUUGUCUGUCGAGGACCCUGUCAGCCCUGUGGAUAGUGACAUGAUGUCUGAUUCAGGUUCUGUCCAGUUUGUUUAUGGGGACUGUACACAACCAUCAAAAGUUUGUCCUUCUGAACGUACCAUUAUUUUCAGCUGUGUUGAUGAUUCUGGACACUGGGGUCAUGGAGGAAUGUUUGAUGCACUGGCCAAGCUAUCUUCAAGUAUCCCCGAUGUAUAUCUGCAAGCUUCAGAAUUUGAUGACCUGCAUCUUGGUGAUCUUCACCUUAUAAGAGUUAAUGAGGAUGCGAAUGAACAGAAGAUGGACUGUAAUCCCCCUCAAUGGGUGGCUUUGGCUGUUGUACAAUCUUAUAAUCCCAGGCGUAAAGUACCCCGAAGCAAGCUUUCUAUUCCCGACUUGGAAAGAUGCUUAUCGAAGGCAUCAUUUUCAGCUGCUCAGAAUUCUGCUUCAAUCCACAUGCCACGCAUUGGGUAUCAAGAUGGAUCAGAUCGUGCAGAAUGGUACACAGUCGAACGUAUUAUUAUAAGCGGUCUGCUUGACGCUUUGGACUGCUCUCAUGCUGGACGUGGUCCUUGUCUCCCAGGCCUGUGGCUGAUAGAGUUAGAUUAA